GCAUUGCUCAAUGAUGAAAAGGUCGGAGAGAGUAAUGUACCAUUGUCUGGCAUAACUCUAUUUUUCCUUGAUCGUCUGAUCACGAUUCUGUUCUGGGUUGCCCUCCUUAACCCAAUAAUUCACCUGGGAACACCAUCAAUGGAGAUCGAAAGCGACCCGACACACCAAGAAUCCAAAAGGACCAAUAAAACCCACCAAACCCCCAUCCCAACCCAACAAGCUUCGGACCGACUUCCCGACCUUCCGCACGAAAUCAUCGCCGAGAUACUCACGAGGCUGCCCGUCAAGUCUCUGCUGCAAUUCAGGUCAGUUUGCAAAUCAUGGCUUUCUCUAAUCUCAAAUCCCCAUUUCGUGAAAUCCCAUCUCAGUUUAGCAUACAAAAGCGAUGAUUAUACCCACAGGAGACUUGUUUUGAGCUGUGUUCGUCCCCAUUUCGAUCUCAAGUCAUGUUCCCUUGGAUCUAUAUUGAAUGACCAAUCCGAUACGGCUGUAGAUCUUGAUUAUCCAUUGAGAGCCCCUCAUAAUUCGGUCUGGAUUGUUGGUUCUUGUAAUGGUUUGGUGUGUAUUGCUAUAGAAGAAGAUGGCGUAUUCCUGUGGAACCCAACUACUAGGAAAUCCAAUAGGUUGCCGGACUCAGGUGUUCAAAUGCGUUACGGAUGCUUUAUUAUAUAUGGGUUUGGUUAUGAUUUGUGUAAUGAUGACUACAAAGUGGUAGUGAUCUUCUGUGUUCUUCGUAGCGGAGGUUCAUACGAGACUGAGGUUAAGGUUUACUCAUUAAGGACCGAUACAUGGAGGAGGAUUGGAGACUUCUGUCAUGGUAUUCCGUUGAAUGAUUCGGGGAGAUAUGCGAGCGGGUCGCUCCAUUGGUCUGCUAGUGGGGUUCAAGGUUCAAGUUACUCUUGGGACAUUGUUUCUCUUGAUUUGGUGAACGAGGUGUACGGGAAGGUUGUGCUGCCUAAUUUUGGUGAGGGUAGGUUUGAUUCGACGUUGGAGAUUUUAAGAGGAUGCCUUUGUGUGCUAUGUAACUUCCCUGGUACUCGCUCUGAUAUAUGGGUGAUGAAGGAGUAUGGGCAGACAGAGUCAUGGACUAAGUUGUUUUCAAUACCACAUAUUACAAAUCUAUGGGGUUAUGAAGACUCCACGCUAUUGUAUCUUUCAAGGAACGGUGAAGUUUUACUGCAGCUUGGGCCACGAUUAAUUUUGUGCAAUCCCAAAGAUGCUACAUAUAAGAAUAUUGUGAUUCACAAUUUGCUUGCUUGGCUUGAAGCUCAUAUCUAUGUUGAGAGCCUAGUCUCACCUAACGCCAGAAAUGUGAUUCAGAGGGAACACCAAUAACAUAAAGCAUAGACAGUGAUGCUCUUUGCUUCUUGGGGUGACUCGGGGUCGGUGGCGUGCUACAGGUUUCCAACCGUGUUGGUGGGCGAUGGUGCGGGUCAUCGGCCUCGGCAUCUAGUGGUCUCCCUUGCGUCCAGUUUCUGGUUUUUUGGCGGUGGUUGUUCACCUGGAUUUUGGAGGUCGGCGGGCUGUUUGGGCUGUGGUGUGUGGUGGUUGUGAUUUGGUUAGGGUUAGGUUGGGGGUUUGGGCUAGGUUUGGUUCCUCUUGGACUGGGUUUGGCCCAUUGUUGAGCGUUAGUGUUUGAUUUGGACAUUGUAGGCCUCCUUGUGCUUAAUUGUAUUUAUCUGGGUUGGUUAGACCCAUUUAAGAUAUUUGGGCUUCGGCCUUUAGUGGGUUUCAUCCCAUUUGGAUGCCCUGGCAGAUUGGCUUUUUGCCAAUUGUAGGUCUGGGUUUUGGAUUU